UUCUCAAACUCAGAACUCGCUUUCUAUCUCUCUCUCUUGAUUCCUUCAUCUUCCUCUCUUUCUCCCUCUAGAUUCUUGUUUUUCUUCUCUGAGUUUAAUCGUUUAUCCAAAUGGCGAUUAGGAGUUUUGUGGUGAUGAUUUUGGUGGCAUUGUUGAUCGGCUCUGCAAUCGCGCAAUCGCCGGCGGCAUCUCCGUCAUUGUCUCCGAGGAAAUCACCGUCCAAGGCUCCGUCGGCGUCUCCGUCAGUGAAGUCGCCAAAAUCCUCUCCGGCCGCGCCUACUCCGGCUUCUUCGCCAUCUACUUCUCCGUCUCCGGCGGCUUCUCCUUCCUCGAUCUCCUCGCCGCCGGCUGACGCUCCCGCUCCGUCAGGUAGCGGCGCCGCUUCGAUCUCUUUCUCGGUGUUCGGAUCUGUGGCCGUUGUUCUAUACGCCGUCGUUUUGAUGAUCUGAGAGCAGUCAGAUUUGAUUAGUUCUCUGCGUUUCUCUAUCUGAGUGAUUUAUUUGUAGCAGCUUCUGAGUACAUUUUAUCUUGAUUUUGUUUUUCUUUUUUCUUCUUCUUCCUUAUCACAGUAUCUUAUGGAUUCUAUACUUUCCUCUUCUUCUUCUUCUUCUUAAUCUGAUUUAAUUUGUUUCAUUGUUUCUAGCUAUGGCGAUUAUGUGUUUGCUGGUAACGGAUCUCUUCUGUAUCUUCAUCAUAUAUUAAUUUAUAGUCACUUUUUCUA